AUGUCAUUUAUUUCUUGUUCUACUUCAACUACAGUUGGAAAUAGUAAUAAUUUUAGUAAAAAUAUUAUUUUUAAUGAAAAUAGUCAUCAGAGUAGUAGUUCUCAUUUAAAUAUGAACAGAAGCAGUAGUAAUAUAAGUAUAGUAUUGGAAUCAUCUUUAUCUGUAAAUAAUAUUAUAAAUAUUGGUGCUGUUAGUAGUAAUAAUAAUAAUAUUAAUAGUAACGAUACAACAACACAAAAUAAUACUGUUGACGAUUUCGAAUGUGAAAACGACGAAUAUAAUGGAUGUGAUGACCCAGCCAGAAAAGAUGAAGAAACAUUGGUUGCAGAUGAGAAACAAUUACAGCUGCUACAGUUACGAGAGACUUUAAUUGCCAGAGCAGAUGCAGCUCGUAUUCUAUCGGAUCAAAGAUCAAGACUAUCAGUUUCAAAUGCUUGUAAAGAUAUAGAUGAUCCAUUAACAAGUGAAUCAGCUUCACAAGGUAAUCCUUAUAAGAAAACCAGUGGAAGUUCGAAAUCUUCCGACAGAUUUUCAAAGGCGAUGGAGGAGAUUGUAUCGAGGUCAUCAAAUGACAUGGUUGCCUAUGGACUUGGCGAAUCUCGAUUGGAUUCCGUACUGAAUAACAUUAAGAUUUACAGUGGUGUAAAUGACUAUGAUAGAAUGAACUAUAACAAUCACAUGAUAGAUAUGGCCAUUCAAAUACUUAGAUUGUUAGUUUCCUAUAUAUUCCAACAUUACGAACCAAAACAACGUUAUCUUCCACCAGAAAAGAGAAGCAAUCCAAAGAAACCAACGUUCUCAUUAAAUAAUAAUAGUAGCGGUGGCGGUAGCAGCAAUAGUAUUUUAAUUAACAAUCAGUCGAUAUGUAAUGAUAGUAAGGAUAGUAUCAAUUUAAAUACAGUUUUAAAAGGCACUAAAAUAUCGGAUCAAUUCAAUUCAAAGAAACAAGAGAUACUAGCAAAGUUGAUUAGAAUCAAGAACGAUCCUUAUGGACAACGUCCUAUUCCACCACUACUAUUGGCAGAGUUAAAAGUACUAUGGACAGAUCCAGUCAUUCAAGAGCUAUACAAAGCAUAUCGUCCUAAUUUCAUUAAAUCUUAUCAAAUUUUAAUAGAUAAAUAUUCAGUUAUGGAUAGAGUAUUUGGAAGUGAUUUAAAGUUAUUGGAUGAUAAUGAAAUUUUACAAUUGGUUGAAUAUCCAAUUAAUCAGAUUCCAGAGUAUAUUAUUUCUGGUGAUAUUAGGAUAACCGAUGUAUCUUCGAUCAAUGUGAGAAAGAUGGAUAGACGAUGGAUGAAGACAUUCUCUGAUGUAAAGGCAUUUAUAUGGUGUUGCUCUCUGGCUACUUUCGAUGAGAUCGCUGUCAAUCCGAUAUUUGUUAGAACGAAAUCGACAACGUCGGUCGCAUCGAUCACACCCCAAAAGUCAUCAAAGCGAUUCUCAAACUCGAUGUCCUCGAUGUCAUUCACCUACUACAACAACGAACAACCAACACCAAUGGUCAACAGUCUCCACCAGAGCAUACAGAUCUUCCGUACACUCUCACAGCACACUCAUACACCCUCGAUCAUAUUCUUCACCGAGAAAGAGCGAUUCACCGAGAAGAUACAAUCCGGUGCCAAGUUUAAGUCACACUUUCCAGAUUACACCGGACAAGACAAGGAUAUCAACCAGAUCAUGGAGUUCAUAAAGAAACAAUUCAAUCCACCCAACGACAGUUACAGUGCAAUCUUCCACACCUCGAGUUUCGAUGGAAAAGAAGAUUCCAAAGUUAUCACCACCGUUCUACUAAAUAUCGCUACCAAAGAUACCGUUGAUAUUUUCAUUUAA